AUGCUUCCAAUCCCCAUGGUUCCAAUCCCAUCCCAUUCCAUGGUUCCAAUCCCGUCCCAUGUCUUCAAUCCCAUCCCAUGGUUCCAAUCCCAUCCCCGUCCCAUGUCUCCAAUCCCAUCUCCAUCCCAUGGUUCCAAUCCCUUCUCACCUUUGCAAUCCCAUCCCAUGUCUCCAAUCCCAUCCCAUGGUUCCAAUCCCAUCUCCAUUCCAUGGUUCCAAUCCCGUCCCAUGUCUUCAAUCCCAUCCCAUGGUUCCAAUCCCAUCUCCAUCCCAUGGUUCCAAUCCCAUCUCCAUCCCAUUGUUCCAAUCCCAUCCCAUGGUUCCAAUCCCAUCUCCAUCCCAUGGUUGUAA